CAGAUCGAUCUCUUGAUCGGCUAUCUUGAUGCCGAGUUGGAAUAGUUGACGCGACGCGGAGUGCGGACAAAGGACUUAAUCAGGCUAUAACAGCCUAUGGCUCAGUCCUUCGGGUAGAACACCCGGGAGACAUCACAUCGGCCUACGGAAAACACUCCGAGCCACGCAUAUCUUACAAUUCUCCAUUUCCACUGCUGAAACGGGGAAAGUACUAGCGACGAUGAGCUUAAGUACGUAAUAGAGGGUAUGAUGUCAACUAUCUUUAGCAAUAUAGUACGGGCUGUUGCCCAGUUGAAUCUUCUGUAAUUCUAGAGUAAGCAUCCCUUGGUAGAAGCCAUUUCACGACACUCCCGAUCAACGACUUAACAAACUAGAACUUAGGUAUCUUAUUGGUACCUAAUUGUUUACAUCUCCAAGGCGACGGAACUCACGAUCCAUACAUCUCAUAAUCCCCUAUUCUAUAAUACAAACAACAAUACCUCAACCCUACCUCCAUCAUGUCGCAAUUAAACGACUUCCUCGUCAGAAUCCCUGACAGACCCGACGUCCUAUCAACCCGUGUUAGCAACGUCCAAGCACACAUGGCCGGCCUUAAGGGAUUGGUUGAAUCAGGAACUAUCGUCAUGUCGGGGCCGACCCUAGCAGAACACCCCAAAACCGCCGACGCGGGUCUAGCCAUCAACGGUAGCGCGUGGUUAGUACGCGCGAACACGGAGGCAGAUGUUCGCGCUAUAGUCGCAAACGAUAUUUAUGCUAAGAUCGGUGUAUGGGACCUUGAGAACGUUACCGUUACCCCGUUUAAGUGCGCUGUGAGGAAGCCUCUAUAAGCGAGGAUAUCGUGUUGACAUUCACCUGCGGGACUGGGUCGUAUCUUGUUUGGGUUUAGGUUUUGUGGAAUUAAGGGGGUUCUUAUCUGUGGGUAUUGGAUUUAUGGCUUUGGGUCUACCUGCAUAGAGAAAUGCGAGAUGGUUUUAAGCGAGGGCCUCACGAUGUGUAACCCACUUUAGGAUUUGCUUCAUCUACGCUACACAAACUUACAUAUAACAUUAUAUACCUACAUAUGGCUAAAAUUUGUAUCUAUCUCGG